AUGAAAGAAGAAGGAAUGAUGGUGGCAGCCACCAACCUGCUACUUCCGCAAAGGGAACAAAUACACACUAUGUCGAACGUUCUCCUCCUCAGAGAGCCUUCUUCAGAUAGCCUGGAUCGCUAUGAAGUAGCGUUCAGAUCCGAAAACUACCACCCACUAUCAGUUCCAGUGCUCGAAACGGUCCACACGAACAUUUCGCGUCUUCGUGAUAUUAUCCAGAAAGGGCCCCAAUUACAAGGAAUCCAAGGGGUAGUCAUCACAAGCAAGCGUUCCUGCGAUGCAUGGAAGGAAGCCUUGCAACUUCUUCAGGAGGGUCGCAACACAACAGCCUUAGCCGUUUGGUGCUCUAUUCCGAUCUACGUCGUGGGGCAGACGACUGAGACUGCUCUCAGAGAGGUUUUCUCAACGUUCGGUCUCCCUGAGCCGGAUAUCAGAGGCCAGACGUCGGGAAACGCUGGGUCUCUGGGUCUAUUCAUCCUAGACGACCUCCGAGAGCGGCCGGCGAAGCUGUUGUACCUCACAGGCGAUAAGAACCGCGACACUAUCAGUCGCAUCCUCACAGACGGCGGGAUAUCGUUGGAACUCUUGCGGGUGUACGAAACGCGAGGCUCAUCGAUCUUCGAGUCGUCGUUGUCUGCAGCUCUAGCCUCUUCACCGAAGUAUUCGCCUGAAGCCAGAAAACACUGGUGGAUCGUGUUCUUCGCUCCGUCCGCUGCAGCAUUCGUGAUGCCCAUCUUGCGCAAGUAUUUCUACUUGGAGGAUGAGAGCUUAGAAUCCGCAGGUUUGCUUCCCUCGAAGAUCGCAGCCAUCGGACCCACGACCGACGCCUUCCUUCGAGACGAUCUUCACCUUCGCGUUGCAGCCAUGGCCCAGAGGCCUACCCCAGAGGACCUCAUUUCCGUCAUAAAGCGCCAGGACGACGACGAUCCGUAA